AUGGUCCGUCAUAAGAAAGACUUCGCCCACAAGGGUCGAAAGGGAGGCCCUGCCCCGCGUCGAGGACCCCCCCGCGAUGAAGAGGAAGGCUCUGGGUCUUCGCGCCCAGCUUUCAAGGCUGCAUGCUGGGACCUGGGUCAUUGCGACCCCAAGCGCUGCUCAGGAAAGAAGCUUAUGAAGCUCGGAAUGAUGCGUGAUCUUCAUCUUGGCCAACGACACAACGGAGUCAUCAUCACACCCAAUGGCAAACAUACCGUUUCCCCUGCCGACCGCGAGAUCAUGGACCAGUAUGGCGCUGCUGUUGUGGAAUGUUCUUGGGCGAGAACGCAGGAGGUUCAGUGGAAUAAGGUGGGAGGGAAGUGCGAGCGACUGUUGCCAUAUCUUGUCGCAGCGAACACGGUCAAUUAUGGUAAACCCUGGCGUCUGAACUGUGUUGAGGCGCUGGCCGCCGCAUUCUAUAUCUGUGGGCACCCAGACUGGGCAGAACAGAUUCUCUCACCCUUCUCUUAUGGCCCAUCCUUCCUCAAAAUCAACUCCAGCUUGCUCAAGCGAUAUGCAGCAUGUGCCGACGAGGCCGAGAUUAAGAAGACACAGGAAGAGUGGAUGGAACAGCUGGAGAGGGAAUAUGCUGAGAGUCGCGAAGAGGGAAAAGACGAUAUGUGGACUAGUGGAAACACAAAUAGAAGACGGAUAGAGUCUUCUGAUGACGACGACUCGGAUGAAGAUGAUGAGGACGAUAGCGAAGAGGAAGAAGGGAGUGUGGAUGGUAUAUACUUGGGAAAGAAGCCGUCAAAGGCUAAGCCAGAAGGGGAGGAAGAAGAACAAGAGAAGGAUCGCUACGCAAUAUCCGACGAUUCAGAUGAGGAAGACACAAUGGCCGAAAUCCGUCGCAAAGUCCUCGCUUCAAAGACAUUUGCCAACCCUCAUCAACAAGAAGACAAGAAGCCCGCCUCUAUCCCCAACCCGCAUCAACACCAGCAGCAGUUCAAGCCCGAUACCAGCGUGCGGCCUGAUUCAGAUAACGAGAGGAGCGGAAGCGAUGAUGAUGUCGAUGAGGAUGAUGAGUUUGAUAACAUCAUUGAAGCUACACCCGUGACGGAUCGUAUUGGCUUGGCCAAGCUGGAAAAGGAGCGUUCUCAAGCUACUCGUACAACGAGAACAUUUUCGUCAAACGCAGUGGGGGCGCCUUACAAAAGCUGA